AUGGGCCCACCUUUCACAUUUCCUUUGCAAAUUAAAGCUGGCAAAAUGCCAAUGCACUCCAAACUAAGCGUUAUUGAAGUGGAUAUCAUUCCGUUAUUUCUUCUUCCUCCAACAUUGAAGAUCCAGUUGGAACCUUUACCCAUUCAAAAUCCUCGUUGCACUGUGGCUUCAUUCGCGAGCACUUUCCUACUCCUUUUAUACACUAACAAUGUAAAUUUGGAUUUAACUUUGCAUUUAUGGCAGCCCAUUUCAGUCUGCAUCUCUGUUGAUUCUCGUCCGGCCGUGGAAGGCUGCAGACAAAGGCUGGAGACCAUUUACGGGAUAAACAAACGUCAUUUUGAUCAUUCUGAUUGCGAAACCCGUGAGAAAGGCACAAACGAUUUCAUGAAAUCAGUUAGAAAUCACACCAGACAAAAGUCCAUCGUAAUGAGGUUUAUUCAGGUCUCUUUCAUACAGCAACUUGAAUCCAUGAGAUGGUAUUUGGUAGUCCUCGUCUUCACACUCCAAGUGGAUAAAACCCGUUUCAUCCGCCAAGAAUCUAUUGGUCACCACCAUCAUCAUCAGUCGAAUGCAACAAACAAAGCUGUCCAUCCACUCACUGAAACUGUCGCCUGUACACUUGUUGAAUUUCUCAUUCAUUUUCUUAGUCUGGACACUUACAAGCGAACACAAAUCAAGCUGCAACAGGUUCCAGCCCCAGCAUCACAUUCCGGCCCAGAUUUUUUUCUAUUUAGUCCAGCUAUAUUCAUUUGGAAAUUGUUAUGUACACGCAUUAUACUCUACUGGCAUAAUAAAUAUGAGUUUUUGGAAUCCGAGGAUGUGUCAACAACUAGAUCGCUAAUUCAGGCUGAAAUAGAUUUCAGAAAUAAACACCAUGCUAUAUAA